AAAGCUGCAAUAAGUUGUGGUGGGUCCCCCUUGUCUAAUCGUGAGGUUUAUGUACCGGCAGACAGCACUGUUUGUGGGAAAUGAAUUUGAAUUUUGCUGAAUGAAUUUAUGUAUUCGAGAUCGCGAUACUCAAACAUAUUUGUUUUUGUGGCUUACUGAGAGGUGAAUAUGAGGUGCUUGAAUAUUGAUUUGAACUUACACAUGAUUCUGGUGCUGUUUCUAUCAAGGACGUGUUCUUGCUCGGAGCUAAUCGUUCCUAUCAUCAUAAAGGCAUCUUCCGCUGAGGAUGGCUAUAAGCAAUGUGAACAUACUGUCAGGCAUUGGGCAUCAUCAUCUCUAAAUUCUGAAGUUAAAGAAGACAAACAUUUAUUGCGGGACUUGCUCUUUUUCCUUCAUGUACCUCGAACAGGAGGGCGAACAUAUUUCCAUUGUUUCUUGAGGAAGCUGUACUCAAGUUCUCAGGAAUGUCCUCGUUCUUAUGAUAAGUUACGGGUGGAUUCGAGAAAACCAAACUGUCGGUUAUUAAGUACUCAUGAUGACUAUAGCAUCAUAUACAAACUUCCCAAGGAGAAAACUUCAGCGGUGAUAAUACUUAGAAACCCUGUUGAACGUGUCUUUAGCACUUUUGAAUUUUCUGUGGAGGUAGCAGCUAGGUUUCUGAUACAUCCUAACUUAACUUCUGUGGGAAGAAUGGCUAGACUGCCACGGCCUAAGAAGGCUGGAGUAAGCACUUUGGAUAUCUGGCCAUGGAAAUAUUUGAUUCCUUGGAUGAUAGAAGAUUUAUUUGCUCGAAGGGAUGCUAGAGAACAUCGAGGCCAAACUUAUACAAUGACCAAUAACUCCUACGAUAUGGAAGACAUUUUAAUGCCUCUACAUGAAUUCAUUAACGAACCUAUUGUUCGGGACAUUGUCCACAAUGGAGCCACUUUCCAGAUUGCUGGACUCACAAACAACUCCCAUUUAGCAGAAUCACAUGAAGUGCGCCAUUGUGUACUCAAGUAUCCGACAUUUGGGAAAUAUGUGCUUGAAGUUGCAAAGAAAAGGUUGAAUGAUAUGCUGUAUGUUGGACUUACCGAGAACCAUAAAGAAUCGGCCUCAAUGUUUGCAAAUGUGGUUGGUGCACAGGUGAUUUCUCAGUUAUCAACAUCGAGGUCUAAGAGAGAGAUUGCAAAUAACAAUGACUCAGAACAGAGCUCCUCGCUUCCGGAUUCCCGAAUGGAUGCUAAUUAUCAAAGAAACAACACUUACACAAAGGUAAAGAAAGUUUCAUCAAUUGGCAAGGACGAAGAAACAAAUAAGAACAUGACUGUUGGCAAACUUAUGGAAGCAUACGAGUCCUGUACUUCAGACUUACGGAACAGCCAAGAAGAGAGGCGCGCAAAUUCUUUGAAGAAUAUUUCUCCUGCAAACUUUACAAAAGAGCUUUCCACUUUUCAGGCUCGGCGUCAUAUUCCCAAGGUACUUCUCCAGAAGAUUACAUCACUCAACAGCCUAGAUAUGGAGCUUUAUAAUUAUGGCCAGAGCAUCUUUGCAAAGCAACAUGAACGUGUGAUGCAGACUAUAGUUGAUACAAAGAGGCAAGAAACGAUACUUAUUGAGAGUGCAUACAUUAAUUCAUAUGGUUCCCCUUCUUGGAAAGUCCUUUCCUUAGGCACCGCGGGUUUCUCAUUGCUUCUAUUUCUUUUUCUCUCCAGAAGAAAAACAUCGAAAAUCAAACUGUAAAUGUAAUUUUAACUACAGUUUAAGUGUCAUAUACUCAAGUUCAGAGAAUUCUCGAAAAUCAAAUUGUAAAUGUAAUUUUAACUACAGUUUAAAUGUCAUACACUCAACUUCAGAGAAUUGACAGAGAAAAACCAAUGCAAAAUCAGUAAAAAAGUUACCAAGUUUUGAAGAA